UUUAAUUGCUAACUGUAGCAAACAGUGAAGCGCUGACUCGCCUGCUGAAUACUUUUACUACUCCAGAAUUUAUGAAAAUAUAUUAUUAGGACUUUAAAUAUCCAGCCGUAGAGAAAGUAAAUUUUAGAGCGUCAGGUAGCACCGUAUUCCCUUUUACUUCAAGACUUUGUAAAGAGACGUUGCAUUGGUAUAUCUUACUUAUUUUGGUUCAUGGUUUUGUCUUAGAAUGAAACUACUUCGUGCUAGUAUUGUGAUACUCGCGUUUAUCGCUCUAUUUGAAUCAUCAGAUGGAAAAUCUAUAAAAGGUAAACACAAUCCAAAAAAACACUCCACGAGUAAGAAAACAGAAACGGUAAAAGGAAAAGAAAAGAAACCGAAAGAAGUUUCAAGUCCUUACUUAAACGAUCCUGCCGCGGCUGCCCGUGCUUUAUAUGGACAGGCUGUUGAGGAAACGAAGAAAGAUUUAGGCGAAGCCAUUGAUACUGCAGUCGAAGAAGUGAGUAAGCAAGCUAUUGGUGACACUGGAAAGAAAACAAAAUAUAUGAAAGAAGAAGAGGAUUCCGAGGAUGAAGAUUUAAAAGAUGACAAAAAAUUUGAAUUGGACGAUGAUGACAAUGAUGACGAUGUUGUCGAACCUUCUACCAAAGCGAAAGAAAAGAAAGAGAAGGAUAUCUUGAAAUUUAAACCGAAGAAUGUAAAAGAUUCCAAAUCUAAAGGCAAAGAUGAUAAGAAAAAGAAAUUGGCAGGGGAAUCGGAUGAUUCUGAAGUUGAUGCUUCAGAAACCAGCGACGUUGACGGAGAAGCUCCUGAACCAGAAGAUCAUGUUAACAUGGCACCAACCGAUGACAGUACAGCACAGCCUCAAGAUAAUGACGCUGGAGACAAUGCACAGGGUGGUGAUGACAAUUCUGAUUCUACUGAUGAUCAAGCCCAAGGUAACCAACCCGCCACACCUGCUGCAGGAGGUUCUACAUCGCCAGCACCAACACCAAAACCUGGACAAACACCUCCAAAAAGCUCUGUUGCAUCCACUGGUGCUUCACCAGCUCCUGGAAAAACACCUGCUACACCUGCUCAAACACCUGCAGUACCUGGCAUGCUUCCUGCCCCUGCUGCUGGAGCUGCUCCUCCACCUACUGAAGCUAAAGAUGAUGGUGACCAACAAGAUUUGAAAAAACUUUUAGACGAGAGUAUAAACAAUCUAGUAAAGGCAAAUACAGCUGUGGAAACCUUACUUAAAGCGACAGGCGGACAAAAACCAAACCCACCACCUGUUGAAGCCAAAGAACCAGAGAACCAGCCACCGCCAUGUGGUACAAAUUGUAAUGCUUUAUGUGCACCCGCCUGCUCUGCAGAUUGCUGCUCCGAGCCAUUUGGCGCAACCACUACCUUAAUUAAUCCACAGCCACCAUGUUGUCCUCCACCGUGCCCUCCACCAUGUCCACCACCUCCACCUGCAUGUGUUCCCUGUCCACCACCACCACCACCUCCUCCACCGCCGCCGCCGCCGCCGCCACCACCACCACCACCACCACCACCUCCUCCUCCUCCUCCUCCUCCACCACCACCACCUCCGCCUCCACCGCCUCCACCGCCUCCACCACCACCUCCACCCCCACCAUGUCCAGUUCCAUGCCCACCUCCUUGUCCACCAGUGUGUGCCCCACCACCACCACCUUGUCCACCAACAUGCACUUCUUCAAGUUGUGGCUCUGGCUGUAGGAAAGAUUGUUGUGAGUUUGACACUUUGAUUCCAAACCCGAAUGGAAGAUAAGACCAAAUUAACUAAUAUUCAUACAUAUAUCAACGUUUUAAAAAUAAUUUCAUUAAUGCAUGCUAAAUGGAGAGUGGAUGCAGUGUUUUUACCAACACAUUGCAAGGAUUUACACUUUCUUUUUCAUAGCAUACAAAAACCAACAACUUCCUGUCCUACCAUAUCCAUGUGAGACAUGCACCAUUAUUUGUUUGCCUGGCUGUGACACUUCUUGCUGUACAAACCGGCAUAUACAAAUGAACUUCCCACCUGGACCAACCAUGCCCAAUGUCCCACUACCUAACCCUAAAACAUACACCGUGGCGCCACAACCACCAGUUGUUUGCUGUGAUACUUCCUGCAGCGGCAAGGAAUGUCCUAAUCAGGAUUGCGUACCGUGCUGAGUUUCAGCAGGAGUACUCUUAAUCCCGUGUUAAUUCAAUUAAAAUGUUAGUUUUUAUUUGUGUUAUUCAAUUACACGUUACACACACACAGUGUGUCUUUUUUGACAAAGGAAGCCAAAAGUAAACUUUU